AUAUUUGGCAUUCGAGAUGGAUGGCCAAACUGGCUUAGUGCUGGCCUUGCAGCUGAUAGCACUGUGUUCCAUAGCUGGAGCCCUUUUGCUGUAUCUAUUAUGCAAAGUUCGAGGUGGUUCCAUAAAUGGCACCACACAGGCACCACCAGUUGUCAUGGCCACAGGCGGCGGCGCUGCGGUUCUGGUUACAUCGGCUGACACUGCGUUAGGAUUACAGAUAUCAACGCACUUAGCAUCGCGUGGCUACAAAGUAUUUGCAGGAUUGAAAGAUCCGGUCGACAGCGUCGCUGCGAAACUAUUGCGAAAUUGGCUCAAAGCUAGGGAAAUGGAAAUGGAAAACAGCGUCAAUCCUAACCCGAGUACCACGGGUACCAUCAUACCCUUGCACAUAGACGUAACCAGGGAAGACGUCUUAAGGGAAUCAUCUGAUUGCGUUGCAGGACAUUUGCCUGCUGGUGAACGAGGCAUCAGGGGAGUCAUCAACACGGCUGGAGUCGUUCACAAGGGACGAGUAGAACAUCAGGACACCGUUCUUUGGGAAAAUAUGCUCAGGACAAAUGUAUUAGGUUGUGUUCGAGCAGCCCGAGUAUUCACCCAACUCCUGCGUCCAACCAGAGGUCGUUUCCUGACCAUAGGAGGAACUCCAACCAUCUCUCACCCUCAACCCUUACCCAGCGACCUGCAACAAGGUGAAGGCCUCGUGGUCUACAGUGCUUGUCUACGAGCCAUCGAAGGUCUCACCAACUCCCUUCGAUCCGAACUGGGACCUUGUGGAGUAGAUGUCAUCCAACUGAGACCAGACUACAUAAAAGCUGAAAAAUUAUAUGGUCUUCCUCAAAGGAAUAAUGUGGUGGAGAACAGAGCUGGUGAGCAACCAGUGGCUCAGUACACUGCCAGUGUUUUGGGGCCGAAUGGUUUGAGGAAUAUUGAGAGGGCUUUAUGCGAUUUGAGACCUCAGGAGUUUUAUUCUUUGGCGGAGAACAAGAAGAAUAAUCUUCUUAUGUGGGGAGGUCUGAAAAGCCCUUGGGGUCGCAAGACAAAAAAGAAUGAACAGGGUACUGAAGCGCCAACGAUUAGUGUUUAAGGUUAAAAACUAAGGUUAAGUUUUUUGCAUAGUGUGAAAAAUUUCAUUUGAAAAAU